AAGGAGAGAACAAAGAAAACAGACUAUGUCUUGCGCGCGUGUUAAUUGUCUCCAUGGAGAUCGCAGGCGUUGUUAAAAUGGAGAUUGAUCCGAAAUUCACGUUCGUGCCGCUGAACGAGAAAAUUUACGUUGGGAUUAAUGACAAAAAUACGCAAGAGUAUCUGUGUAAAUGGGGCUUAAAAGGAAACUUCGUCAUCCAACAUUUUUCAUUCAACGAACAGUUUCAACAAUAUCACAAAUAUCAGCUGGCCGAUGCGUUUUUUAAAGAUGAUACCGUUGCAAAAGCAUUAUUGUCCAAACAGGACUCUGCCUGGGUAAGACAAGGUAUACGAGCGUCGAGUGUGCAGAUAAAGCAAGUACCAUGCUCAGUCUUAAGUAUGUCAUUCUUUAACAAACUGAAGGAUCCAGAUAAUGGGAUUAUGCAUAAUUCCGGAAUGAUCCGUAAAAGAUGUGAUUUUCAAGUAGAUGACUUUUUGAUAUCUGACAAUUUGCGUGGUGUAAGACAUUUUCAUUUGAGAUAAACUGUGAUCUCUUCUCUUUUUCUUGGAAGAUUCAAUCGUUUAAUAAAUCAGAUUUGCCAAAAUC